GUUUACUUCCUACGAUUCCACCAAAAUUUGAUUUGGACAAGCUUUCGAUUGAUAAAUGAAGAGAUGCGUAAGCGUGAAUUACAAAGCAUUCCACUAAAGCUUGCCGAGCUGAAAGAGUACGAUGUUGUUCGAAAUGAGCGCGCAAUGGCACGUAACCAAGGGCAGCAGGAGGAUGCAACGCCAGAACAGCCUUCGCCAAUUGCCAAUGUUGGACCGAAAACAAAAAAGGAAAUACAAUCUAGGUUGAAUACCACUUUGUGAAAUAGAAAAAGUCUUUUAUUUCGAAAAUAAAUUACGGUUAAGUAAAAAGGAACAUGUAGUACGUGCGUGUCAUUUAACGCACCGAGCAUUUGGAAAAUAAUAUAACAUCCGGCCGGUUUUCAGUGCCAGUUUAAACUUAGGUUACGUAAAUUGCGCUUAUAUUCAACUGACUGACAUUUGAUCAGCUAUUCUUAUUUUAACCCAGCUAGCUCGACGAUUUAAACUAAAUUUAAACUUAAGGUAUGUAGUUAUAACCAAGGUAUAUUCAACAAGCUAGAAGUGACAACAAAAUUAAGCUCUUUGUAGUUGGCUAUAUAUACUGUUCUCUGUUUGGCACUUCAGUUCAAAAGAGCCAACUGGUGAAAUAACUUCUACCUUGUUGAA